CAAGUCAAUUUCCAUUAGUAUAUAAUAAAUAUGUUAAUAUUAUCGAUUUCUUCCUUCUUGCACUCGAUUCUGACAAAUCUCAGAUGAAUCAAAAGGGGUCUGAUUUAAAAGGAAAUAAUAAAGUGUUUAACGCUUGUUCAAACUCAAGAACUUCGUUUAAUUACCCGCCGUGGAGACGACUGUUUAUCAGGAAAACGUCUAUCUUUCACAGUCUCACUGUCUCAUACAAACUUGAGGCUCGAUCCCUAUGAUAUCAAGUUUAUGGGCGUCGACUACCCGAUUUUGGCGAGUCUACAAAAACGCUUUAGCAUCCGUUUACAAAGAGUUAAGUUUGAAAAUGGUUUUUUGAUUCAAAUCCACCUAUUGGUAUGGCUGGGUUCUUUGUUCUCUUAACUUCCGCCAAGCUACACCCGUCACGUGAUACCUCGAAAGCACGCGAGAUCAGAUUGAAUUAUAGUUAUCACUUUAAUUUUAUGUCAUUGCUUGAUCGUUUACUUUCGAAGCCAUGCAUUACUUAUCUUGAUUUCAUAACAAAAUCAAGUGAUCAGUUUAGUUUCGAAUAACAUAAGUUAUGUCAAACUACUCCAAAAAGCAUGUAUUCCUGUUUCUACUCGUGGUGUUCGACCAUUAGCAUAUCAAUAGACUAGCCUAUURGAUUUACCUAAGAGAGGAUAUGUGUUMUAUAAUGUAUCGYCGUUACCGAAAAAUCCKCGAAAAAUGUUACACGACGCAAUACACCUAAACCCUGGAAGUUUCAAAAGUCAAGGKGCUGUUCAGUUUAACAGAGGGGAUCAUAGUUGUUAUAGUCUAUAAACAUCAAGUUUAAAGUUUCAUUGUAUUUCCAUAUAAGCACUGUAUAUCAAUGCAGUUCUWCCGAAGUCACUAGUCCCGUGAAGUAGAUGUUCGACCUCAUUUGUACUUUUCUCUCCGCGUAUUUUUUCAUAGUUUGUCCGCGGCCUAAUUAAUGAAACCAUAAUUGAUUUUUAUUGUUUUCUUUUCUUUAGCCCUCGUUGCUUUCCUUUUGUAAUUACUGCAUUAUAUCUUUAUUUCUCUGGUUAUAAUUUUACCUAGUUUGGUUGGUUACACAUUGCAGCUUCUCCUAUAUUAGUGCAACACUGAAUAGUUUUCAUUAAUCUUCAGGAUUGACAGUAAUAAACGAAAACAAGAUGUGAAGUUACUUCCAGAAACGCUUUAGAUUUUUGCGUCCACGAGUUUUAGUAUGUCAUAGGUUCCUCGUUCUCGAGUUAUGUUGCAAGAAUCGCCUGUAAAAGACAUUCGUAAUCACUUAUAGAUAGGGACCUCUACAGCGGAAAAAUUUGCAAUAUGUACAAAAACCUUUGGUACAACGUAACCCCAGUUUGUGUGAAUUGAACAUCGACGGAAGGAAUAGUCGAGGGAUCUUGUAAGCAACGAAGACCUCGUCAUGUCACCAGAAAGGCAGCGUCUCCGACCAUGGCUUGAAGAUCGCAUCAACAGUGGUGAAGUACCUGGAUUAAGGUGGCUGGACCCAGAGAAAACGAAGUUCCGUGUUACCUGGAAACAUGCUGGUAAACCAGAUUUCAAUCUCGAAACGGAUGCCGUCUUGUUUCGAAUGUGGGCUGAGCAUACUGGRAAGUACAAGCGAGGAGAGCAGCCCGAUCCCUCGACAUGGAAGACGAGGUUUAGAUGUGCUUUACAUAAGAUGCCAGAUAUUGAGGAGAUUCGUAUACCACACAGCCUUGAUGAGAAUGAACCAUUUAGGGUAUUUCGCCUUAAACCUAAAGUAACUACAUCCAAACCGCGCAGACACUCCAUCAACACUAACCAUAAAUUCCCAACAUUACCUCCCUACUCUUCAACUCCUCCACUCGAUUUCAGUCAUCCUCCACCAUAUCAGAUGCGCAAUGGUUUCCAUGGUAAUAUGACAAAGAGCACUAUUCCCAUGAGUGAUUUGUGGUCAUCGCUCCCCCCGAUCAGCGGUCACAUGUCAACUCACACAAACUCCAAUGACUUCAGCAGUAUCAUGCUUGAGGAUAUUGAUCGCAUUACACCUACUAUCCCUCCCAUCCCUUUGWCUUUUUCCUUUGACCAGUCAGUGGAUCACUUUAAACAACAACAGCCUGCACCAGCGUUGAACGAUGAUUUCUUCAACAACAAUGACCAGUACAGCACUUAUGAACCAACACUGACAGAACUCCACAGCGUGUCCAGGGGGGAGCAAUUUAGCUACUCUGGGGGUGGUAUUAGUGACGGGAUGUCGUACAACAACAAUAUGACUUACAACAUGGUAGGAAAUGCAUGCCAGAACAUGGUAUACCAUGGACUAAAUGGGCCUAACCCCGGUCACCAGAUGGGACAUGCCAAGAUGUUUCAUAUACCAACAGAUGUGGUGCAAGAGAUGGUCGACCCGACUAUAUCAAACUUAUCAAGCGASUUUGUAAGUAGUACCAUGGAAUAUUCUACAUCAAGCACCGAGACGCAAUCUUUCGCACUAGCACCUGUAGGUAAAGAUAACGAAGAAGCAUUAGAUAACAUUACCAACCAAAUACAAACCAUGACCAUGAACAAAACAGAAAACAUUUGGUCCUGUCGAGUUUACUACCACAACAAAGAAGUAAGUACAUUCGAACUGAGCAGCAAGCAAACAUGCAGAAUAACCUACCAGAAACCGGAGAACCAGGCUCAUGAUUCAAGUUUAAAUCGGUCAGGCAAGGUCGUACUAUUGCCUGAGAGCCCUAGUUCUGACAAAGACAUACAAGCUGUUCUAGAACGUUUCAACAAUGGCCUCAUUAUAGAGAUGAUGCUUAAUGGAGUCACGUGGGUUACAAAGACCUGUCAAUCAAAGGUCUAUCUAUCACGUGGUGCAGAGAACAUCACUAAGCUGCCAUAUGAAGUUAGAACUGAAGUGUUUGAAGAGUGGAAGUCCAACAACAAGACGUUUGUGUUAUCGCUGGGUGAAGAACCUCAUGAAGCGUUAGUUAAACUAGUUUUUUUACCUGUACAUGAGCGAACUAUGGAACAAAAACCAUGCCUUUUGCAAGGAAUUUAUCCAAGUCAGUUGUAGUGUUAUUAUCAAAGUUUGUUUCUUACGAGAAAUUAAAAUAAUCGAUUCUUUUGAAACAUGCAGUAAUGAGAGAGAGUGACUAAGAUAUCAUUUAGUCUCGCAGUUAUUUUUAUACUGUAAAGACUUUAAAUAGACCAUCUUGUAUCAAGAAUUAAGAAAACACAAAGACAAUAUUGCAUAGGGGAGACAAGUUCUCCUCUCAACACAUGCAUGUUGACGACUACAAUACGAGGCGACUAUGAAGUCUUUAUUCCUUUCAUUAACUCAUAAAUCUAUAUCGUUAUUGCCCCCAAAGCGGUCCUCCUGACUGAGACAAUUGGUCUAUUUGCAAUGUGUUCCAGACAGUAACUGAGGUGAACUAAUUAAAAGAGAGUGAUAUCGAUAAAGUCAGACUUGGCUGUGAUGGGCGAGGUCAUCUCUAGGUUGCACAUGCAAUGGUCGUAUAAUAACUCUGAAUAGUUUGUCUCCAGAAGCUUAAGACACAAAGAGCUCUAAAAAAUGCUUGAUAGUGUCCAAAAUGAAUACCUUCUGGGAUUUUAUAUUUUGAUAUAAUAACGUAGUUUAAGAUGUAAUUGAUAAUGUCAUGUACUCGUAUGAUGGAUGGGUAUCUGCUUGGAGGGAACCAAUAGUCGAAUACAAAAGUCAACAGUUUUAAUGUGCUUGCUUAGCCGUGGUAACAAACACUUUCAAUGUGUAAAGUAAUUGCCAUUAAGAUAUUCGCUGUAUAGUUGCUUAGUGGAGAGUGUGCAGCGAGGUGCAGUGGGCUUUGUACUAGCCUACACUUCCGCUAAGAUACAACAGCUCACGUGAGCUCCCAAUGAAAAAAAAAACAUUCAUUAUCAAAGAUAAUCAAUCAAAACGUGAAAAGCACUUUGCAUUGGUAUUAAUAAUGAAAAUGUGUUGUAUUUUUAAGAUGUUUAUUGAAUGAUAGAAUUCCUGGAUAUGUUUCUAUCGUAGACUAGUUUAGUAUUUAAUCUMAUUAAAUAGUUUGAUGAUC